GGUGGUGCCUUGGGGGUGCCACUAUGGAGCUUCUCAUGGAGCUGUUGUUGGGAUUCUACUCCUUGAAACUUGCUCUAGGGAAGACAUGUGGGACAGGAGGCUAGGGAUUCUGGAAGGAAGCCAGGAGACUACGGUCACGGGCACAUCUGCCCAGGCCAGGCAUACCGAGCAUGGCAAGCAGAGCUUUGGAGCAGGGACCCAGUGACCCAGCCUGGGAAUGAGGAGCAUCCAGCUGGUGAGGGAGCCAGCCCCUCUGUUUAGGGGCCAGCUGCUGAGGACCAACUUACAGGCACAUGAAAGCAACAUGUCUGAUGCCCUGGCCAAUGCCGUGUGUCAGCGCUGCCAGGCCCGCUUUGCCCCUGCGGAGCGUAUAGUCAACAGCAACGGGGAGCUGUACCAUGAGCACUGCUUUGUGUGUGCCCAGUGCUUCCGGCCCUUCCCGGAGGGGCUCUUCUAUGAGUUUGAGGGCCGGAAGUACUGCGAACAUGACUUCCAAAUGCUCUUUGCUCCAUGCUGUGGAUCCUGCGGUGAAUUCAUCAUUGGGCGUGUUAUCAAGGCCAUGAAUACCAACUGGCACCCAGGAUGCUUCCGCUGCGAGCUGUGUGAUGUGGAACUGGCUGACCUGGGCUUUGUGAAGAAUGCAGGCCGACACCUUUGCCGGCCUUGCCACAACCAUGAGAAGGCCAAGGGCCUGGGCAAGUACAUCUGCCAGAGGUGCCACCUGGUCAUCGAUGAGCAGCCGCUCAUGUUCAGGAAUGAUGCCUACCACCCAGAUCAUUUCAACUGCUCCCACUGUGGGAAAGAGCUGACUUCUGAGGCUCGAGAGCUGAAGGGGGAGCUGUACUGCCUGCCUUGCCAUGACAAGAUGGGUGUCCCCAUCUGUGGGGCCUGCCGCCGGCCCAUUGAGGGCCGGGUCGUCAACGCGCUGGGCAAGCAGUGGCACGUGGAGCACUUUGUCUGUGCUAAGUGUGAGAAGCCCUUCCUGGGACACCGGCACUACGAAAAGAAGGGCCUGGCCUACUGUGAGACCCACUACAACCAGCUCUUUGGGGAUGUCUGCUACAACUGCAGCCAUGUGAUCGAGGGUGAUGUGGUGUCUGCCCUCAACAAAGCCUGGUGUGUGAACUGCUUCUCCUGCUCCACCUGCAACAGCAGGCUUACCCUGAAGAACAAGUUUGUGGAGUUUGACAUGAAACCCGUGUGUAAGAGAUGCUACGAGCGGUUCCCACUGGAGCUGAAGAAGCGGCUGAAGAAGCUGUCUGACCUGACCUCCCGCAAGGCGCAGCCCAAGGCUGUGGACGUCAACUCUGCCUGAAGCCGUUUCCCACUCCCCCAAUCUUGGGAUCCCUGCCAUCUCCUGGUUGCUUUGGGCCCCUCUGCCCUUCUGGACUGCCUUUCCUUCUCAUUUUGCCCUCCCCUCUCUCCUAUCC